UUCACAAGUCAAUGAUAUCUUAAAGUUUCAAGGUCCAUUCCAGAGGUUUUUCAACUCUAGCUGUUCCUUGGUUUGACAUCCUGCUCAGGGCACUCAGAACUUUGAUCCACUGUGUCACACCUCUGCCUUAACAAGAGCAAGAGCUUUGCAGCUGCUCAACUAUGUGUCGGCUCCCUCACAUACCAGCCUGUCUGCCUGGUCAGCAAACUCUUCAAGACUCUGCCAAUCUGAAUCUUGCCUUGUGAGGAACAAACAAUGAAUCCCAGUCCCCUUGUUUCUCAGAGACGACUCCCUGAAGUGUCCAGUCCCCCUGACUGGAUACUCACAGAAAUUAUUACGAUUGCUGCCUCCAGAGAGACAGAGCCCACACCAGCCUCUUAGGUUAGCUGAAGACUCAGACUUUGCUUUAAUACACAGCACUGAGAUGGAUUUGUAAUAGAACAAGAAUAAGUUUAUUAAAAAAAGAACAGAGAUUUAAGUGACACUAAGCAAGAGUAAGAGAGAGGGGGUCUGAAUACAAACAAAACAAAAUGCACUUUCUAGUGACUAAAACUUAAUCUUAGCAAGUUACAAUCUUUGCCUAAGCAGUUUUCUUACUCACAUCAAGUUAUCAGCAUCUCCAGACUGGGGACCCAACAUUCAGAGAAUCAAAGGGAGCUGCUCUCUUUGUUCCCUAAGGGUAUGUCUUCACUACCGGCCAGAUCGGUGGGCAGCAAUCGAUCCAGCGGGGAUCAAUUUAUCAUGUCUAGUCUAGACGCAAUAAAUCGAUCCCCGAGCGCUCUCCCGUCGACUCCUGUACUCCACCGCCAUGAGAGGCUCAGGCAGAGUCAAUGGGGGCGUGGCAGCAGUCGACUCACCGUAGUGAAGACACUGCGGUUUGAAGAGAAUGGCUCUCUCAGCUACUGGGCAUGACACAAGAGGACUCAUGUCAAAAGGAUCUCACUGCCCAUCUUCUACAGUUCCUGAUUAUAUUCAGAGGAUAAUGUGGAAGGACCCUGUGGCGGGUGAAAAACAUGGCUCUGAAGUUAACUCCAGCUGGUUUUCAAACACGGAGCUUUCCUAUGUGAAUCAAGGAGAAGCCACCCUGCGUGGGGCUUUAGGGAUACUGCAGCAGCAAGAUGGCUGGCAGACAGAAACCUACCAGGGAAAAGGAGAGUUGGUGCUGAGUACAGUUCUUCCCAGGCUCGGCAAAGUCUUCCGAAUGGAGACCGUGCUGGACGUUCCAGUGGACCAGCUAUACUAUGAACUGUUUGAGAACCUGGAGCAAAUGCCUGAGUGGAAUCCUACCCUUAGUCGAGUCAAGAUCCUCCAAAGAAUUGGGAAGGACACCCUGUUGACUCAUGAGAUCGCUGCUCAGCAUCCUGGGAACCUCAUUGGUCAAAGGGACUUUGUCAGCGUACGGCACUGCUGGAAGAAGGAGACAACUGUGUAUCUGGUUGGCACUGCAACCCACUCCGAGUUCAUGCCCAUGCAAAAGGGGCAAGUCAGGGCCGAGUCUGGGUUGAGCUGCAUUGUUCUGCAACCGCUGGAGGGUGACCAACGUCAGACUCGCUUCACCUGGCUCCUGUGCAUGGACCUCAAGGGAUGGAUCCCCAAGUCCAUUAUCAACCGUGUCCUACCUCAGUCUCAAGUGGACUUUAUCAGACACCUACGUCGGCACCUUUCCACCACAGCACACCCCUGAGCUUCUGAGAGGAUAGACUCUCUCACAGCACAAGGCUGCCAUAAAGGGAGGAGGAGGAGGAGGAUGCAGGAAACAAGCGCUAGGCCUGUGCCUUUCAUGUUUACUUAAAUGCUGCUACAGCCAAGGUGGCAUUACAACUGGAGAGCAACUGAAAAGCAAAAUUCUGAUCCUGGCAUGAAACACCCCAAAGCUUGGUGGGUAUUCAGCUGCGGCACAUGGGCUGCACCCAUUGUAGGGCUAGGGCCUAUAGGGAUGGUUUGGGCUUCUCUCUACUUACGUCUUUCUCCACCACUUUUCUGCCCAGAGCUGAACUGGGCAGUGACCCCAGCAACAUACAAGUUGUGUUCCAGGUAGCUUAUAACACUAACAGGAGCUCAGUUAGUGGGCUGCUGUGCUGUGUUCGGAAGUGAGCAGAUGACACUGAAAUAAUCUCUGCUCAUUAGCACUACCUUAUCUCAAAUGACAAGGCACUUGCCUAGAGAGCCUAAGGAUUACCCCUAACUGAGCUCACCACUUCCUGUACUAGAACAGUAAUAUGGUGUCUGGCUCCCUCUAGUGGUAUGUCACCUCCUACCAGAGGACCUACAAGGUAUUUCAUACUUUUUCAUAUUGACUUCUGUUUGACAUUUAUGAAGCAGAGUUUCUUUCUCUGCUUUAGUCUGUUGUCAGUUUCAUCUGACAUUGAAAACUUGGAUGGUGUUCUUUGGCUUGAAGUGGUCAGUCACCUUUUCUUUAGAAAGUCUAAACUGAUUUUUAUUUUUCUCUAAUUUGAUGGUACCGGAUAUAAAGAGGGAAGCUUCAGUCCCCAGAGCCCUAGGCCCUGUCUUGACUGGCAGAAAGGGUGUGUUUUUCAAACAUGUUAGCUGGUGUCUUGAUGGAGCUUUCCAGUCUUAUUAAGCUAACACAUUUGAAGCCAUGUUAGCAGGCUGUGGGUUAGCCAAGGAUGUAGCCUAGGUUAAAACAGGGCCAGGUAACAUGGCUUCGAAUGUUUGAGCCUAGGUCUUGAUGGGGCUCUCCAAACAUGCUAAGCCAAGUUGAAUGAGGUAACACGCUUUUCGUCCAUCAAGGCAGAGCCCUGACAAUUAAACUAUACAGAGAACAGGGAUGGAAUUGCAGUGAGUUACGAAUACACUUGGAUUCCAUCCAGGGAUUCCAGUAACAUUCUAAUCUGUGAGAAGAGGUCAUGAUCUGUCCAUGAGAUGGGAUUUCCUGGUGGUUGCAUUGCUAUACAUUUAUAACUAGGAUAAACCACACUUACUACUCCAAAUUUGUAGCUUAAAACCACUGGGAGCAAUUUCUCUGGCCCUUUAACCAGCAUGGCCUUCUUAAAAAUGGGAUGUUUGUUUGAAUGAAUCCAUCCCCAUUUUGCUCACCGAACAGAUGGCCGCAUGUCUCACUGUACAGAAACUAUGAAACAUAAUUAAAACCAAACACUGCAAUAGUGGGUCAGACUGCAUGAACCAAGCAGGCUCAUCUGGUUUUUAUGAAAUGUAGUUAUUGCAGCCGUUUCAGUGUGCUUGCUAAUUUAUAAGUGCAUGUGUUUGUGUGUUUCUUGGGCCACUCUCAUUUACUGAAUAGAAACACUGCCA